ACAGUGGUCUCGUGCUCGCGUGCGCCCCGAGACGAGGACGACGAGAACGGAGACAACGACGAGGACGUCGAGGGCGAGGACGAGUGGUGCGAGAUGCACCGGCGUUAAUCGACGAGUGAGCCGCGUCUUGGGUCGAUGAGACCGACGAGAAAGGGCCGCAGUGGAAUCAGGCACGUCGGUAUGCAGAACGACGACAGCGAGACAACGACGCGCACCGCCGCGGAACGCGACGACGACGACGACGACACACCGAGCAGCGACGGCGCCGCCGAGGUGGCCGCCGAGAAUCGCGACGACGAGGCGCCGAGUCGCGACGACGCCGAGGGGAGCUCCGCGGAUCGCGGGAACGACGACGACUCGAGUCACGGCGCCGAGGGCACCGUCGCGGAGUGCGACGACGACAGCCCGGCAGCCGAGCAGGCUGCGACCGGCGCGGAUCGCGACGACAGAGAUCGCAAGGAGACGCGGAAGGUGAAGAAGGGAGACUGCGUCUGGAGCAUGUAUCUUCCGUCUACCUCGGGGAAGGAGACGCUUGCCGUUGCGAGCAAUAACUACGGUUGCGAGCACUACAAGCGAAAGUCCAAAUUCGUGACUCCAUGCUGCAACAAGGUGUACACCUGCCGAUUUUGUCACGACGAACAGGAGGCGCACACAGUGAAUAGGAAAGAAGUCACAGAAUUGAUAUGCGUUCUUUGCGACACCCGCCAACCCGUUCAAGCCACUUGUCAGAAUUGCCACUGUCAAUUUGGCAAAUACACAUGUCUGGAGUGCAAUCUCUUUGACGACGAGGAUAAGAAUCAAUACCACUGCGACGGAUGCGGAAUUUGUAGAGUCGGUGGUCGUGACAAAUUCUUUCACUGUGCCAAGUGCAACAUGUGCUUGCCGAUCCAGUUGCAAAACGGGCAUACGUGCAUAGAAAAUGUCUCACAUUCCAAUUGCCCCGUGUGCCUGGAAGACAUUCACACGAGUCGCAUACCAUGUCACAUUCCCGACUGUGGGCACCUGCUUCACCGUAUGUGUUUUGAGGAAUUGUUGAACUCGGGACAUUACGCCUGCCCGUCCUGUCAGGUGUCACUCCUAGACAUGACGGACCUGUGGAAGUAUCUGGACGCGGAGGUGUCGCUGACACCGAUGCCGGAGGAAUAUAACGACUGUAAAACCGAUAUCUUAUGUAAAGACUGCCACGAGGAAUCUACGGUCAAGUUUCACAUCGUCGGGUUGAAGUGCUUAAACUGUGGUAGCUACAAUACCUGCAGGAUAAAAGGUUCCCCGUGUUCAGAUCCCGACGCCCUGAAUGAAGCAGCUGGUAUUACGGAAGAGAAGGAGGGAUCGUAAAGCCAAAGUUCGGAAUAUUACCCGAUAUUAUCCAUCGAUCGUGGAAGGAAUACUAUGGUAGUGAUGAGUAGUGAGGAGAGUAUUUGUAUUUUAGAAUUUUAUCUUUAUUUUCAUCUUGUUAGCAAAUUGCACUUUCGUUGCCUUCUCCGUAUAGUUACCUUUUUCGGUAAGGUACUUUUCGAUUGAGAAUAAUACUUUUCGUUUAGCCGAAGUUAGUAGUACAGUAAAAAUUAAAUAUCUGUUAAAUGACCACUGAUGAUAUUAUACUUUCGAUUAUUUUGUGACACGCUGUUAGCAGAAUCAUAGAAGUCGAGAUGAUUUUGUUAACGCAAGUAUAUUAACAAAAACUAUUUCUGCGUCUUGGCUUAUUUAUUAAAUUACAAUUGGAAACAAUAAUUGAUAAAGUGGCCAACGUGAAAAUAUGCUAUCUAUUUUCGCGUACAUUACGUUUACGAAGAUAUUGAUUUUUAUUUUUAACGUUUUUUUUCUUUAGACAGGAUAUUCCAGACUUAUCGUGCAAUAUUUGAUAAAUUCGAUUUUUUUAAAUAAGAAUAUAUUGAUACAUUUCAUUUUGUUGCAACUUAAAACUAGCUGUAAUUACUGCAACGUUCUUGGAAAAAUUUGAAUUUCAAAUUACUUCAAAAAGUGUUAUCAAUAAAAUUAUUCUGCGCGGUAGAUUCUUGGAUAUUCUGUAUAUUUUUUCUGCUUCUGCAUUUAUCUUCAACAUGGCAACUGCACUAGUUGUUGACUACUAAUUACGCCUAAGAAAAUAAUUAAAAAAUUGUGAAAUGGCACGUGUGCGUAUGUGUGUCGUGUGUGUGUUUAAGAGAUAAAAAAAAUACGAGAUGUCUCAAAAUUUUUUUCGUAUUAGGCAGUAUAGCACGGUGUCACCCUAUCUUGAGUAAAACUUACUCUGCGUAGAUGCGUUACUGCAACACUAGUUUUUCGUAAAUAAUAUCUGCAAAAUCCUAUUAAUGAUAGCGAAAUAUGAUCCAUAGCAUCCUUGUCAUAUUAAAACCGAUGGCCUAAUUGAUUGUACUUUAACAACGCAUUUCGCAUAAGUCGAUAUAAAUAUAAAUUUCCAUUCGUAAAUCGCAUGGAAGCUUCCAGCUUCCCUUACACAUUCUGUUUCGUUUAGGAAAAGAUCUCACUUAGUCGUAAUCUAGUCGCGGAAGAUUGAGCGCAUAUUAUACUGCUCCUAUUACGAUUUUUCUCGUAAGUGUGAAUGUUUUAUACAAAAUAUAUAAAUGAAUUCACGGGUGGCACACACUACUGCAACAAUAAAAUAUACCAUUGUAGCGAAUAAUUAGGGAAAAAUACUUUCCGUUGAGUAAUGAUAAGAUAUACGUAUUAUUAUACGUACCAAUGCAUUUCGAUGUGCAUCUAUUGAACUCGCAUUCCUCCCGAGAGGGAAGCAUUCUUCUAGCAGCUAAUAUAUUCACCUAUUAAUAAAAUUUACGUAAUCUGUUUUAGUAUAAUUGUACACACAUAUGAUAUCUAGGUGGAAUACUCGAACGAGGCAUUAAUCGUGAAUCCUGCUAUCUUGUCACGUUUGAUAAAAAAAAGAUAGUUUUUAAUUACUAAGUAGCCAAGUAUAGUUUAUGUACUUUAUGAACUGUCUAAAAAUAUUCGGCAACUACGAGUUUUCUUUAAAGCUCGGAUUUGAUAGUUUCAUAAAAUUAUUUCAAAUGCUGCAAAUAAAGUGUCACUUUAAGCACAAUUUUUCAAGGUUUCGUUUCUGGAUAAAAAGUGCAAAAUCGACACGGGUGACUUUAUCAUUCCAUUGAUCAUUCGCAUUUUAGUGAAUAUUAGUGAUAUUUUAACGACAUUUUUAGUGAUGUUUUAGUGAUAUUAUAGUGAUAUGUUUAAUAAACUAUAAAAUAUUGAGCAGUCUCUAAAAAUCUGUAGGUUUCAUUCUUAUACACACGUUAUAAAAAUGAAGUAUACUUGGAUGCGAAAGUAGUCGAAAAUUUUUUAGGCUGCUCGAUAUUAUAUUGUUAUAUUAUGUUAUAUUGUUAUAAUUCCAUUAGCAAAUAGUGCAAUUAAUAAUUGUCACAUUCAUUAAUGUCGUUCUUCAUAUAAAUAUGUUUUCAAGAAUGAUAUUAUAAUGAGUGCUUUGAUAAUUGUAUUUAAUUGUAUAAUAUUGCUAGUUCCAUUGAAACAACUUUAUUAUUAAUGUUAAAUGUUUACCUGUUUAGGAUCUGCCGACAGAUUAAAAGUAUCUUGCAUAUUGUGCUCUAAUCUGCAUUAGAGAAACUUCGUGACGCAGAACGAUAUACGUAGAUUCCAUUGUGAUUAUUAUCACGAUUUUAUUAUUCACUUGUAAAUUAAAUAUAAAUUACAAAGGCUCUUUGUACAUAAUGGUUGCAAUAAUUGAUUUUGUUUUAUAUUACGUAUAAUAUACUACUGUGUAUCAAAUAAAUCAGUUAUAAUUUUA